GUUGUGUCGUUGGUUGCCUGGACAACAGAGGCCGGCUGGGUGGCUGCCUUCCGGGAGCACUGAGCAAGAGAGCCCUCCAUCAGAACCCCCAGGGCUUCCUAGGCUAGCACAAAACUCCAGAAAGAGAGCAGGUACCUGGGCAACUGCUGGCAGAAUGGCAAUACCCUGGGAAGAGUAUUUCCGAUUGACCUCGCAAGAGAAACUGCCUUUCCCCUCCAGGAAGAUCUUGGAGCAGAAUGUGGACCACAUCCCACCGGUGCUGCGUCUCCUGGAGAAGAAGCAGGAGCUAGUGGAUGCAGACCAGGGCCUUCAGGCCCAGAAGGAGGCGUUCCAGACCAGGAGGGCAUCCCUGAAACAGCGAUGGGAACAGUUGGAACAGAAAGAGCAGGAGCUGAAGGGGUCCUUUGUCCGUUUUGAAAAGUUUUUGCAAGACGCCGAGGCCCGGCGCAGCCGCGCACUGCGGAGGGCGGCGGAGGAGCGGCAUCUGGCGGCCCACCAGGAGGCGGAGGCGCUGAGGCUUCGGGCCCAGCUGAAGGAGCUGCAGCGGGAGCGCGCGCGGCUGCAGCGCCGGCUGCAGCGUCUGGAGCCCUGCGCGCGCCUGCUGGGGCAAGCGCUGGAGCAGCUGCCCGAGUUCCAGGAGGUUCCCGAGCUGGUGGCCCGCUUCGACUGCCUGGCCGACAUGCAGGAGGCGCUGAGAAUGACGGAGCGCCAGCGGCUCGCCGAGCUGGAGGAGGCGCGCGCGCGGCUGCAGCGGUUGCGGGACGCCUGGCAGGACGAGCUGCUUCAGCAGGGCCAGCGGCGAGUGCAGCUGCUGGAGCAACUGGAGGCGGCGCGGGAGCGCACGCUGCACUGGGAAUCCAAGUGGAUUCAGAUCCAGAACACAGCGGCUGAGCAGACCCUGCUCCUGGGACGCACCAGGAUGGCAGCGCUCAACCUGUUCCAGCUAGUGUGCCAGCACCAGAGGAGGCCUCCUUUCCUGGACAUCGAGGACACAGAGGGGCAGCUGGAGCAGGUGAAGUUGUUCAUCCUGGACCUCUCUGCCCUGCUGGCCAGCCUGCGUCAGGCUGAGCCCACAGCCCCUGCCUCUUAACCCUGACCCAGAGGCUCCUCGGUUUGGACUGGUGCUGAGUGAUGGAUGAUCUGAGGAUCCGGAGGCUACCCUUGACCUUCUCAGGACCCCCAGAAGGGGCUAAGGAGCACAGGGCUUGGAUUGGGACCAAGGACAGGCGUUGACCCCUGGGUACGUGGUGAGGCAGUGUGAACUCCUUCACAGCCAGGGGGGAGCUCUGCACCCUCUACCCCGAACCCUACAUCCCAUCUCACUCCCCCCAUCCAGUCCCAGCUGCAAGCCUGACCCGGUGGGAGGAAGGGAACCGAAUGCCAGCUUGAGGGUGCUCCCACCUCAGUAAUGGGCCCUUCCACUGAGCCUGAUUUUCCUCAUC